AAUCCCAUUUUUAUUAUUUUUUUAAUGAAGAUUUUACUCUCUUCUUUCAAACAUCCGUUUCGGGUCUGUCUUCCUGCUCUCGCGCUUUCUUCCGUCGCUCACUCUCAUCUCUAUUUAGGGCUCCGCCUCCGUCCCUUUUAACCAGCGUCCACGGCCGCCCGCGGCCUCCUCCCGGCGCCGCCACCUCUCUCUGCACCUCCUCUUCUAGCCGAAGCGGCCGCCCACGCCCACCGCGUCUCUUCGCCAUUUCACCUGCAGCGGCCUCUCUCCAGCUCCUCCGAGGAAUCCCCUUCUCUCAAACCCUAAAACCCUCACAGCUUUUCCUCUUCUCCAGAUCCGGUACUCUCUCUGUCUCUGAACGUGCGGCCUCUUCGCUGCAAACCUUCUGAAAAGAUUUUAAAGCGCAAAACAUGCCUCUCAAUAUGAUGGCAAGUUACAAUGAGGAGAACUCACAAAUUGAUGUGUCUCAAGAGGAAAAGGACAAGCUGGUUGCAGAAGUAAUCCGCCAUGUGCUGUUUAAGACCUACCAGAGCUCUGGGUGCCCUAUAAAGAGGGAAGACUUGACUCAACUGAUAACCAAGAACUAUCGUCAGCGUUCAUUGCCUGCACUUGUUAUAAAUGAGGCCAGAGAUAAACUCUCUAGCAUUUUUGGUUAUGAGAUGAAAGAGCUCCAGCGCUCUCGUCCUUCCUCAAACAGGCAGGGUCGUGUGUCUCAGCAGGGUACUGCAGAGGCAAAAUCAUAUGUUAUUGUAAGUAAGGUACCUCCUGACAUCUAUAGCAAGUAUAUUGAGGACAAGAGUACCUCGCAUGUAACAGGUUUCACUUUUGUUGUGAUCAGUAUUGUGCAUCUUGCAGGAGGAAAAAUCUCUGAGGAAAAUCUUUGGCAUCAACUAAGGCGGUUGGGAUUAAACGAGAGUGAUGAAAACCAUCCUUGCUUUGGUAACACCAAGCAAACUUUAGAGAUGCUUGUGCAACAAAGGUAUUUGCUAAAGGAGAAAGUUAAUGGCCCAGAAGGCAACACUGUAAUGUAUGAGCUUGCUGAGAGAGCAUUAGAUGAAUCCAUCAGUGAGAAGUUAAAAGAUUACAUUGCACAGUGUUGGCGUGCUCGGUAUGGAGGUCGGUUACUUAGUCUUGGUUCAGUGCCGGUACGGUAUAGACCGGUACGGGGUAGUAGCUACCAGCAUGGUGAACCUCGCUUUAGAUACUUCCUGGAUAUACUUGAGAUUGUGAGUAAUGAGACAACUGCAGAGGCUGAUUGACAUUCACAUGACAACUAUUACCCAAGCUGCAGCAAAUGCAACAUUUUGAACUUUUUGGUCCUUGGUCAGGUGAUGAAUGUGCAUCUAUAGACAGUGUAUCUGGGUGUACAGUUUUAACUUGUUUCUUUGUUCCUGAGCUAAGAAUCUUUUGUAAGCACUGAAUUGUUAUAUCCAAUCAGUUGAAGUAUCCGAUGCUGUUUCUGCCCAAUACCUGCAAAUAGUUCUGUUGUAUCAUUAAAUCUCUUCAUCCCUCAAGAAUUUGAACCGCUGUUAAUCUAUGGGGCAUGAAGAUGUUAUUCCAUUCAUUAUAAUCAUGCAUAUAUCAAAAGAUUACCUUUUCUCUGUCA